UUCUCCAAAGUGUCUCUGUAUUCUUGGGGGGGUGGGAAUUGGCUGAUCACAGGAUUCCUCAAUGCAGCGGGGACUUAAAUGUGUCCGGAGGGAAGCUUGUCCAGAGCAGGAGUUUGCUGCAGCCGAACAAUCAAGCGACCUUUUGUGCAUGUGGACACUGCAGUUUGGGGAGAGGUCCCAGUCAGAUGUCCCAGGUGAGAAGUAAUCUCGCAAGCCUUUCUGACUCACUCCAUGGAGACCCCGCGCCCGAGCAGACACCCUUCCUGCCCACAAGCCCAGAUCAGGAGGAGAUCUCGUGCCCUUCCUCCACGCAGAAUCCAGCGGUAGCAGUGUCUGCUCUGUGCCACACCCCAGCCUCUCCCCCUCAGGCCCCAGCAACGGAGGAGAAAGAGAAACUGCCAGAAGACAAGUCCCCGAACCUCCUGGCGAAUGGAACCACACCUCCCCAAAGCGAGGCCACAUCAGAGUUCAUGGUCAUGCCCGAAGCUGUGACACUCCAGCCCCAGGUCCGAACAACCUUGCGGAGUCUCCAGCCGUCCAGCCCCAUGGACUGCACCCCUCUGCUGCAGAACGGCGCCGGGCGUGUCCCGGACCCGGGCAGUGCCCACAGAGGCGCGGGGAACGGUGUCCUCGGCACGCUGCCCGGUUCGCAGAAGCCUCCCCGGAAGCUGCAGUCGCAUUACUCCAUCAACAGCCAGGGCAGCAAGAAGAGCAAAAGCAGCUCCAAGUCAGCCUCCUCCCAGAUCCCUGCAGAGGCGCAAGAAGACUGCUGCGUCCACUGCAUCCUCUCCUGCCUCUUCUGCGAGUUCCUGACCCUCUGCAACAUCGUGCUGGACUGCGCCACCUGCAGCUCCUGCAGCUCCGAGGACUCCUGCAUCUGCUGCUGCUGUUGCGGCUCGGGGGAGUGCGCCGACUGCGACCUGCCCUGCGACAUGGACUGCGGCAUCGUGGACGCCUGCUGCGAGUCGGCCGACUGCCUGGAGAUCUGCAUGGAGUGCUGCGGCCUGUGCUUCUCCUCCUGAGGGGAGAUGGGCAGAAACUCGAGGGGGCGGUGGAAGAAGGAGGGGGGCCUGGAAUUGGGGGGCCCCUCCCCCGGUCCCGCCUCCCCUGUGGCGAUCAUGCUUCUGGGAACCACUUCGGCCUGCCCCACGUCGUGUGUUCGGAGGGUCCUGCCGCUUUCCUGAGCCAACGUUAGAGAAGGCCACGGGGGAGGCAGGAAAAAGAGCCGUGAGGGAGACCAAAGACAGCCUGAGGCUGGAAAGCGCCCGCAGAUAGGAGUUCCCUCCUCACUACCUCCCCCGGUGCUGUCCGGCCUCCAAGACUAGGUGACACCCCACCCCCCGCGCACCUGGCGCAGGGAUUGAGACAGCAGCUUCCUGCCAUCUGAGCCGAGAGCAGGAGUCAAGUCUUACGCCGCGCCUGGCGGCCACGCAGAAGCCCUGAACUGCCUCGCCGGGCGACGCUCGGACCCGCCCCGAGCCCCUGCCGUCCGAGGACUCCGCAGGUGGUGCUCUCCCAGAGCUGGCUGGCCCAGCGCCCCGCUGGCUGACGGCUGGAGCGGGGUAACGGCGCGAGUGCCCCUUGGCUGGUGCCUGCUGAGGGCAGCUUCCUAGGAGCUUCCUUGCUGCUAGUUCCCACCUACAGCAAAGGCUUGGUGCCGCUCGCUAGGGUCCUAGGCAACUCGAAGGAGCAGGCCAGGGUCCCCUGCUCAGCAGCCCGGUAUCAUGAGCCCACGGAGGCAGGGCGGGGUCGCAUCUGGCCUGCCAGCACCCAGGUACACAGACCUGUUUUCACAGAGUCCCCCCGCUCUGGCUAACCUCACACCCCGCAACCUCAGCCAAUGGGGCCCAGCGUGUCCGAAUGACACAGCCUGCGCCGUGGAAAUGGCACAAAACACGCACCGGCCUCAGCAUCCCACUCCGGACAGGAAACGGUGGUGCUGGGGAGGUGGGGACGGUGAGCUUGAGGGGGGCGGAUGGGGUUAGAGAUGGAACGCCUCGGCCUCCCUUUGCUGUUGGAAGCAGCCUCCCCCCGCCCGCCUUCUCGGUGCUGAGGGAGGCAGGCAAGUGCUCUAAACUCUGCCAGCCACGCUCUCUUGUAGCCCCAGGACUCAGGCUCUUACAUGUGAGCGUGCACACACGUGCGUUCGCGCACACGCUCGUGCACGGAGCCUUUUCCUUAACUUCCCCUGCAAGCGGCUGACAAAGGACCCCCUUCUCCGCAGAGCGGCUGUGUGUCCCUGCACAGGCUGGUGGGGAGAGGCGAUUCCAGACUCCCCGGCUGAGAAACGCCUUCUCUCCCACUGACCGGGGGAGGCCAGCGCUGCCUGGGCGUGACUCAAAGGUGGCUGUUGGAUGCUGCAUCUGCCAGGAGGUCCUCCACAGCGGCAGUGGCACAGGCAGUGACUUUGGGCUCUCUAUCCCCUCUACCCCCGCCCAGCCUGCUUGGCCCGUCCACCACAGAGCGUGACUGCGGGGCAGGGUGUAAACGCGCCUGCCAGGGUGGGGCGCAGUGCAGUUUUCUCUGAUUUGUUACUGUAAAUAAAGACCUUCCUGCAUUUCCG